AUGGAAGACGUAAAUAGUAAUGAAAUUGCAAUAAAAAAACCACCAUCUGAUAUACUAUUCGAUACAAUUGGAAAUUUUGGAAAAUGGCAAUUUCGAAUAUCAUUAUUAAUGGCAUUAUUGCGAUUACCAAUCGCAUGGUUUCAAUUAGGCAAUAUUUUAUUAGCACCGUCAGAUGUGUGUCACAUGCCAAAUAUUUCAAAUAUUUCCACAAAUUACCAAUCAUGCCAAUUUGGUUAUGAAUAUAAUCGAACUCAAUUCCAAAGUACAAUAAUAACUGAAUGGGAUUUAGUUUGUGACCGGAAAGGAUUAGUUGAUUUAUCUUUGUUUUUACUUAUGAUUGGAAUAUUAAUAGGAAAUAUUUUAUUUGGAAUAACUGCCGAUUUAUACGGUCGUAAAUCAUCAUUAAUAUUUGCAAUUGCUGCUCAAUCAAUAUGCGGUAUAAUAAUGUCAUUAACGCCAGAUUUCUGGGUAUUCACAUUAUUUCGAUUUUUGGGUGGUGUUGCAAAUGGUGGCACUCUCACCAUAUCAUUCGUUUUAUGCAUGGAAGUGGUUGGUGGAAAAUAUCGUACAAUCAUUCCAAUAUUAUAUCAAAUUCCAUUUGGAUUAGGUUCAGCAUUAAUGGCAUUACUUGGCUAUUGGAUACGUGAUUGGCGAGAACUGCAACUAACACUUUCUGUUUUAAGUAUACUAUUUCUAUUCAAUUUUUGGUUGUGUUCUGAGUCGCCAAGAUGGUUACUCGUAACUGGUAAAAAAGAAAAAGCGUAUAAAUUACUCGAAGAAAUUUGUGCAAUAAAUAAAUUACCCAAAGCAAAUAUAAAAAUGGCUACACAUGAAUUAAUUUUAUCAUCUGAUAAGAGUGAUGUCAAAAGUGAUGAAAAAACUAUAAACUUUAAAUCGAUAUUUAAAUCGCCGAUCCUGUUAAAACGUACAUUAAUUUUAUAUCUGAAUUGGUUUAUGAAUGGUUUUACAUUUUUCGCAUUUUCAUUACGAUUGGGAUCCGUUGGAACAAAUCCAUGGAUAACUGUAGGAAUGGGUGGUUUAGCUGUGAUACCAGGCGCAAUACUUUGCGUAUGCUGUUUACAACGACUAGGUCGAAAAGUUUCAUUAAUUUCAGCCAAUAUUUUGGGAAUGAUUAGUUUUAUAUUAAUACAAUUAAUUCCACCAAGCCUGAAUUAUUUAAACUUAUUACUUGUUUUAAUGGCUGUAAUUUCAUUAUCGGUAUCGUUACCAGGAUUAUAUCUUUACACUGGUGAAUUGUUUCCAACAGUUGUACGUAAUGCUGGAAUCGGAAGCUCAGCGAUGUUUUCACGUUUGGGCUCGCUAUUAUCACCGAUUAUAUUUGCAUUUGGGACAAUGCAAACUGGGGGAUUAUUACAAUCUGAGUAUUGGUCGAAUGGGCCACCAAUAUUAUUGAUAUUAGCCACAUUGUCAGCAUUACAAGCAAUUUUAAUUUGUCCAUUACCAGAAACUAAAGACAAACCGUUACCAGACACUAUUGAGGAAGCUAUUUAUCAUGUGUUUCAUGGAAAAAAUGCAAGAGAUACAAUUCAUGGCCACCUUUUCUGAUAUACUCAAUGAAUCAAGACAUUUACACGGUGUUCUAUUAUUGACUGCAGAAACCUGGCUUAACAAAAUAAGCUCAUCUAGAGCAACAAAAAAAGGCC